UUUUUGCCUACCCACGCUGAUCCUUCGUUUGCGCCUGUGGACGAUCUCCCUCUGAUCAGCUGCAAAAAGAUUUCUUGGCUUUCGCCAUCGUCGACUUUCGUUAUCCUCUGCCUCUGCCUCUGCCUCUCUCACCCCGCCGCCGUCACCGUCACCGUCUCAUGGACUAAGGCAGCUUGAAGAAGAAACACUCGUCACUACAGCAACACACCCCGUGAACCUCGCAUCACGAACCGUCAGCGACGAUAUCCUCUGCCUCCUUGCUGUCGCGCUUGGAGAAGUCAACGUCUUCUCCCCCGCCCCCUGCUGGCGCGCUGCGCAUACCGGCGCACCAAGACCCGCCUCUUCUCGUCGCCUGUCUAGGAAACCGCCAACAUGACGCUCCAAGACGAAAAGCCCGUCGGGGCUGUCCAGAACCUCGCCGAGACGUCUGAGAAGGCCGCCGCCCACCAAGGUCACUCGGACAGGGCGUCGUCGCACGGCGGCUCGACCGAGGUGGACGCCUCGAGCCAGCCCAAAAACCCCAACGCCGCGAUCAACAACCUCGAAAAGGCCGACUCCAAGGCUGUCGCGCCCAAAGACGCCGACGACGACCCCUACGAGCACCUCCCCGCAGACGAGGCCGCCGUCCUCAAGCGCCAGGUCUUCACCCCCGAGGUCAAGGCCGGCAUCAUGACCCUGUACCGCUACUCCUCGACCAACGACAUCCUCAUCCUCGCCGCCGCCGCCUUCACCUCCAUCGUCGUCGGCGCCGCCCUGCCGCUCAUGACCGUCAUCUUCGGCAACCUGCAGGGCACCUUCCAGAGCUACUUCAACGGGCAGUCGUCCAAGGACGACUUCAACAGCGAGAUGGCCGGCCUGGUCCUGUACUUUGUCUACCUCGCCAUCGGUGUCUUCGUGUGCCAGUACGUGAGCACCGUCGGCUUCAUCUACACGGGAGAGCACAUUAGCGCCAAGAUCCGCGAGCACUACCUCCAGAGCUGCAUGCGCCAGAACAUUGGCUUCUUCGACAAGCUGGGUGCCGGCGAGGUGACGACGCGCAUCACCGCCGACACCAACCUGAUCCAGGACGGCAUUUCCGAAAAGGUCGGCCUCACCCUCGCCGCCCUCGCCACCUUCAUCUCGGCCUUCAUCAUCGGCUUCAUCCACUACUGGAAGCUCACGCUGAUCCUGCUGUCCACCGUCGUCGCCCUCCUCCUGAGCAUGGGCGGCGGCUCCACCUUCAUCGUCAAGUACAGCAAGCAGUCCAUCGAGUCGUACGCCCACGGCGGCAGCCUCGCCGACGAGGUCAUCAGCUCCAUCCGCAACGCCAUCGCCUUCGGCACCCAGGACCGCCUCGCCAAGCAGUACGACGUCCACCUGACCAAGGCCGAGCUGUACGGCUACAAGGUCAAGUCCGCCAUCGGCGUCAUGGUCGCCCUCAUGAUGACCAUCCUGUACCUCAACUACGGCCUCGCCUUCUGGCAGGGCAGCAAGUUCCUCAUCGAGGACGGCAUCGCACUGUCCAACAUCCUAAUCAUCAUGAUGUCCAUCAUGAUUGGCGCCUUCAACCUCGGCAACGUCGCCCCCAACGUCCAGGCCUUCACCACGGCCAUCGCCGCCGCCGCCAAGAUUUACAACACCAUCGACCGCGUCUCCCCGCUCGACCCCUCCACCGACGACGGCAUCAAGCUCGACGCCGUUGAGGGCGCUAUCCGCCUCGAGAACAUCAAGCACAUCUACCCGUCCCGCCCCGAGGUCACUGUCAUGGAGGACGUGUCCCUGAACAUCCCCGCCGGCAAGACCACCGCCCUGGUCGGCGCCUCCGGCUCCGGCAAGAGCACCAUCGUCGGCCUCGUCGAGCGCUUCUACGACCCCGUGCGCGGCUCCGUCUACCUCGACGGCCACGACAUCAGCACCCUGAACCUGCGUUGGCUCCGCCAGCAGAUGGCCCUCGUCAGCCAGGAGCCCACCCUCUUCGCCACCACCAUCUACCAGAACAUCCGGUACGGCCUCAUCGGCACCCAGCACGAGGGCGCCUCCGACGAGGAGCAGAAGAAGCUGGUCGAGAACGCCGCGAUGAUGGCCAACGCCCACGACUUCAUCACCGGCCUCCCCGAGGGCUACAUGACCAACGUCGGCGAGCGUGGCUUCCUCCUCUCCGGCGGCCAGAAGCAGCGCAUCGCCAUCGCCCGCGCCGUCGUCUCCGACCCCAAGAUUCUUCUCCUCGAUGAGGCCACCUCCGCGCUGGACACCAAGUCCGAGGGCGUCGUGCAGGCCGCCCUCGAGGUCGCUGCCGAGGGCCGCACCACCAUCACCAUCGCCCACCGCCUGUCGACCAUCAAGGACGCCCACAACAUCGUCGUCAUGUCCAACGGCCGUAUCGUCGAACAGGGCACCCACAACGAGCUCCUCGCGAAGCACGGCGCCUACUACAACCUCGUCACCGCCCAGAACAUUGCCCGCGUCAACGAGCUGGACCCCGAGGAGGAGGAGGCCAUCGACGCCGAGGACGACGAGAUCAUCCGCCAAAAGUCCCGCGUCUCCGAGAAGGGCUACGCCGCCGACCCCGAGGACGACAUGGCGGCCAAGAUGCAGCGCACGACCACCUCCAAGUCCCUGUCGAGCAUCGCCCUCCAGAACCGGACGGAGGAGGGCGAGGCCAAGUACGGCCUGUGGACGCUGAUCAAGCUCAUCGCCUCCUUCAACAAGAAGGAGUGGAAGCUCAUGCUCAUCGGCCUCUUCUUCUCCAUCAUCUGCGGCGGCGGCAACCCCACUCAGGCCGUCUUCUUCGCCAAGCAGAUCAUGACCCUGUCGUACCCGAUCACCGACGCCACCCCGGACGCCGUCCGCCACCAGAUGAAGAAGGACUCGGACUUCUGGAGCGCCAUGUACCUCAUGCUCGCCGGCGUGCAGUUCAUCGCCUUCGUCGUCCAGGGCAUCGUCUUCGCCAAGUGCUCCGAGAGGCUCAUCCACCGCGUGCGCGACCAGGCCUUCCGUACCAUGCUGCGCCAGGACGUCGCCUUCUUCGACAAGGACGAGAACACGGCCGGCGCGCUCACCUCCUUCCUGUCCACCGAGACCACCCACCUGGCCGGCCUCAGCGGCGUCACCCUCGGCACCCUGCUCAUGGUGUCGACGACCCUGAUCGCCGCCCUGGCCCUAGCCAUCGCCAUCGGCUGGAAGCUCGCGCUCGUCUGCACCGCGACCAUCCCGAUCCUCAUCGGCUGUGGCUUCUUCCGCUUCUGGAUGCUCGCCCACUUCCAGCGCCGCUCCAAGACGGCCUACUCCAACUCGGCGAGCUACGCAUCCGAGGCCAUCUCGGCCAUCCGCACCGUCGCCUCGCUCACCCGCGAGGACGACGUCAUCCGCCAGUACCAGGCCUCCCUCGCCAUCCAGCAGCGCAGCAGCCUCAUCUCCAUCCUCAAGUCCAGCCUGCUCUUUGCCGCCUCCCAGUCCUUCAUGUUCCUGGCCUUCGCCCUCGGCUUCUGGUACGGCGGCACGCUCAUCGCCAACCGCGAGUACGACAUGUUCCAGUUCUUCGUCUGCUUCUCCGCCGUCAUCUUCGGCGCCCAGUCCGCCGGGUCCAUCUUCUCCUUCGCCCCCGACAUGGGCAAGGCCCACCAGGCCGCCCACGAGCUCAAGGUGCUGUUCGACCGCAAGCCGACCAUCGACACCUGGUCCGAGCAGGGCGCCAGCCUCGACGCCGUCGACGGCACCCUCGAGUUCCGCGACGUCCACUUCCGCUACCCGACCCGCCCCGAGCAGCCCGUCCUGCGCGGCCUGAACCUCGUCAUCCGCCCGGGCCAGUACGUCGCCCUCGUCGGCGCCUCCGGCUGCGGCAAGUCCACGACCAUCGCCCUCCUCGAGCGCUUCUACGACCCCCUCUCCGGCGCCAUCUUCGUCGACGGCAAGGAGAUCAGCACCCUCAACGUAAACGAGUACCGCUCCUUCAUCGCCCUCGUCAGCCAGGAGCCCACGCUCUACCAGGGCACCAUCAGGGAGAACAUUGUCCUCGGCGCCAACAGCGAGGUCACGGACGAGGCCAUCGAGUUCGCCUGCCGCGAGGCCAACAUCUACGACUUCAUCGUGUCGAUGCCCGAGGGCUUCAACACCGUUGUCGGAAGCAAGGGCGCCCUGCUCUCCGGUGGCCAGAAGCAGCGCAUCGCCAUCGCCCGCGCCCUCAUCCGCGACCCCAAGAUCCUGCUGCUGGACGAGGCCACGUCGGCCCUCGACUCCGAGUCGGAGCACGUCGUCCAGGCCGCCCUCGACAAGGCCGCCAAGGGCCGCACCACCAUUGCCGUCGCCCAUCGCCUCAGCACCAUUCAGAAGGCCGACAUCAUCUACGUCUUCGACCAGGGCCGCAUCGUCGAGCAGGGCACGCACGCCGAGCUGAUGAAGAUGAACGGCCGCUACGCCGAGCUGGUCAACCUGCAGUCGUUGGAGAAGAACAGCUGAGUGCAUACACAAGGGGGCGGGGCACGUGUUUGAUUUGUUGCGAACUUGCAUCCGUGUGCGGGAGGUUCUGUGUGUCCAGAGAUAUCCGGAUCAUGACCAUGGUCCAUGUCUGUUUUGCAUUGUUGGGCGUUUUCUUUCUCAUCAUUCGGGACUGGUAUAAUGGGGGAUUGUACGGCAUAGACUGGCCGCUUCCACAACAAAAGGGGGUUUAGAGAGACGAGACGAGACGAGAGGUAUAAGAAGUACGUCGGGUUGCUGUAGCCUUUGGUUUAAUGAGCAGGGUUGAGAGGUCAGGACUCCCCCCUCUGGUACAUGAUGUACCCACUCACUUGAAGUAAUUCCAUUCUAUAUAUCCAAGCAGACCGUCCACUUGACCAUGCCGGUCCUCUCAACAUCCGUGACCACAAGCCCGGGCCGCCGGCUCC